AUGUUUGACAAUGGGCUGGGUGAUAAGUUUAUUCUUUACGGUGGAACUCUGAUCGGAUCGUACAGACAUCAUGAUAUCAUCCCGUGGGACGAUGAUCUCGAUAUCUUGGUUGAUGUAACUGUCAGAUCCAAGGUGCAAGCACUGUUGGAACAACUCGGUCCGGAGUACAAGUUGAGCAAACAACACAGUCGGGAUAAAUUCCACACAGCCACCUCCCCGGAGCUCGAUACCAAUUCGUCCGAUCUGCUCGUCAGUCGCCGUGCGUCUAAAUUUUCAUGGGGUUGGCCCUAUUUAGACAUUGGAUAUUAUCAACAAAAUGAAACUCAUAUUUGGGAACUGGCUUGGUCAUACGGUCGGUCGUACGAGUGGCCGAAAGUAGUUGUGUUUCCGCUUCGGUUACGGCCGCUUGGUGAUGAAUGGUACCCAGUCCCAUAUCGGACAGCGGAAUUCUUACGUAUUACCUACGGUUCCGGUAACAAGUGUGUGAUUUUUGGUUACUCUCAUGUUCUCGAAGGUGGUGGACCAAGCGGUACACGGAAAUGUUCAGAUCUAUCAACACAAUAUGCAUUUGUCGAGCAUCGUUUAGCUCCCCAUACCAAUUACCUUGUGAUCACUCCCAUAUCGUUGACGGAUUCGUUUGUUCUCGGCGAGGAACGACUGGUUUUGCACGAUCUGGUUGGAAACAUCCAAGUCAUACACACAUUGCAAAUGCCCGUGUUGGAAUCGGAAACUCGAUCCGAAACCUAUGGAUUCGGUCAACGAAACUAG